AUAGUGUGAAUUCAGGAAAUUGAAACAAAGCCUGUUCCACUGCCCAGAGGGAGCCAUGGCUGCAGAGAACCCCGUGGAAAGUCUCCAGGAGGAAGCAACAUGUCCCAUCUGUAUGGAGCAUUUCACAGAACCGGUCAUUCUGGAGUGUGGGCACAAUUUCUGCCACGCCUGCAUCAGCCAGUGCUGGGAGGGAUCCGACACAGCCACCUCCUGCCCUCUGUGCAGAGAAACUGUGCAACAGGGAAAUCUCAGGCCCAACCUGCAGUUAGGAAACAUGGUAGAAAUCGCCAAGUGGCUGAGUUUACAGGCAGCAAAGGGAGCAGGAGGGGACGGGGUGUGUGGGGAACACCUGGAGGCUCUGAAACUGUUCUGUGAAGAGGAUGAAACCCCCAUCUGUGUGGUGUGCGACAGAUCCCGGGCUCACCGCGCUCACACGGUGGUUCCCAUACAGGAGGCUGCCCAGGAGUACAAGGAAAGAAUCCAGGCCCAUUUGAAGACUCUGAGGGAAGAGAGAGAAAAGUUGCUGGGAUUGAAAGCGACUGCAGAGGGGAAUAGCCGGGAGUAUCUGAAACAAACACAAACUGAGAGACAGAAGAUUGUGUCUGAAUUUCAGCAACUGCGGGAGUUCCUGGAGGAACAAGAGCGACUCCUGCUGGCACAGCUGGAGAAGCUGGACGAGGAGAUUGUGAGGAUCCAGAAUGAAAAUGUCAGUCAACUCUCCGAGCAGAUUUCCCAUCUCAGUGAGCUGAUCAGUGAGAUGGAGGGGAAGUGUCAGAAGCCAACAAGUGAAUUUUUGCAGGAUAUUAGAAGCACCUUGCGCAGGUGUGAGAAGGGGAAGUUCCAGCAGCCAGAGGAGAUUUCUCCAGAACUGGAAGAGCGAGUCAGUGGUUUCUCUCAGAAAACGAUUGUGCUAUUGGAGACUCUGGGGAAGUUCAAAGACACUCUGCCGUAUGCACUAGAGAUGAAAAGAGGAGGCUUCCUAGGAACAUUCAGAGACGUGAAUGUGACUCUGGAUCCAGACACGGCUCAUCCCCACCUCGUUCUGUCUGAGGACUGGAAAAGUGUGACACGGGGAGACACACGGCAGCAUCUGCCCAACACCCCUGAGAGAUUUGACACUAAGCCCUGUGUGCUGGGCUGUGAGGGAUUCACCUCGGGGAGACAUUGCUGGGAGGUGGAGGUGCAGGGUGGGGGAGGCUGGGCUGUGGGGGUGGCCAGAGAGUCUGUGAGGAGGAAGGGAUGGAUCAGCUGUAGCCCUGAGGGGGGGAUCUGGGCUGUUGGGUGGUUGGGGGAUCAGUUCUGGGCUCUCACCUCCCCUGAGAACCCUCUUCCCCGGCGCCGGAUCCCCAGCAGGAUCCGGGUUUGUCUGGACUGUGACCAGGGGCAGGUGAUAUUUAUUGAUGCUGGUGACGAGGCCCCAAUCUUCACUUUCCCACCAGGCUCCGUCCCUGGGGGGAGAAUCCGACCCUGGCUCUGGGUGUGGCUGGGAUCCCAGCUCAGACUGUGUCCCUGAGGGGAGUCGGGGGUGGGGAUAUUCCACUGGAGAACUGGAAAUCAGCCUUUCUAGCCUCACACACCCCAGUCUGUAUGACCUUGGAGGACUCCUGUCUACCCAGCCCCUGGCUCCUCAUCUCUAUGACCUAUGGAAGCCCCUCUCCUUCCCUGCAGCCCCAGGGAUGGAAGGAGGAGAGGGGAAGAACCCUUGGGGCUGCAGGAGGAGCAGAGGGGCCCUGAGGGGCAGAGGUGGGGGCUGGGCAGGGGGCAAAACUAACAGCUGGGCUGGGGACAGGCAGUGGUGGGGGUGGCAGGGACACAGAAUGAAUCAAUCAGGGUUUGGGAGAAGCAGCAGCUGGGAGCGUUUUGUACAGAUCUGUGGGAUUAGCUCUCACUGGGGUCUCCCAGCCAGAGCUUCUGCCACAGGGACCCAAGUCACCUUCCCCUUUAACUAUAGGACAGCUGGUCACCCUGUAAUUGUCACACACAGGUGGCAGGGGGAGAUGGAUGCAGAGUGACAAAAAAAACCCAUUAUAUAACCUUAAAAAAAAUCAUCAUUGGGUCAGUCUCAUGAUUCUUUUUUUAAACUCCUGAGGUUGGCAGCACUGGGGGAGGCAGGGACAGGGCGGAUUUAACCAGAGGGAAUUAGAAGAAGCAAGAAGAAAAAUGUGACUGAAAAUAAACCAAGAAUAAAGGGAGAGUCCAGGAGAAAUGGUGGAAAACAGAAAUGAGAAGAGUGACAGGAAAAUAUCCCUGACAGGGGAACAAGCCCGGGGGCAGCAAGAUUUUUCAAAGGCAUAAAAUCACGGGGGGAAGGGAGCAGCCAUGGGGGAAGAGGUGUAACAGGGAGGAGAGGAGAGUGGGAGAGACACUGGAAAAUAAACAGUGGUGGGAAAUGCGGGCUAGAAAAAUGAUGAGUAGAAAAGGAUGAUAUAAAAGAAAAGGGAGAUGGAAAAGGAAUGUGAGAGGGACAGAGAGAUUUAUUACAAGUUCCUGAAAGUGAGACUGUAACUCAUGAAUUCCCUAUAUUCAUUCCUGGACGACUGUACUGUUGUUGUGCCAUUAAGAAAACUGUUCUUGGUAGCUGGGCAUCUCCUUUCCAUGCUGUGGUUAUUAAGGCUCCUUCUCGGCUCUGUCGGGUUGGGACGAGGUUGUUCAUGAGAAAGCUGGUAACCCUAAUUCUGUAAAUAAAACAUUACAAACAA